AUAAAAACAACACAGCAUCAGCUUUGACAACAGAAACAUUCGAUAUCAAGAUGUUUUCACGUUCGUUGCUGCCUAUUAUCGGAGGACUAUGGUUAUUAAUUCUGCUUGUUGACAACUGCAGUGGAAAGAGGAAAUGGGACUACGAACCGUUGAAGAUUGAUCCGUAUUCCUCGGAUGAGAGCAAGCUAAAAAUGACCGCAAAAGUCGACCGAGUUGGUCGGAACGAUUUCGGCGUUUCGGCCACUAUUGAUUUUAAUUAUGACGUCGAUGAUACAACCAUGGUUGAGGCCGUGGCCUAUCGAAGCACCUCAGGAGACGAAAGCGACUACAAACUCAUUCCCUUGGGCAUCGCAAAGCAACCCUUCUUGGAGUUUAUGAACAGUCACUACAAGGACGUGGUCAUCCCAAACCUGAGCGGUUGCUCGAAUUUGGUGACGUUUGAGGACAAGUUCGAGCCACCGUGGCCCAAGAAGGUUUACACCUUGGACACGUGCGUGGCGGACAGCGAUGGCUUUCCGGACAUGGUGCCCGAGGGCUACUACAAGAUCAACUUUACCAUUAUGAGUCCCGUAGACUGGGGUUUCAUCCUUGUUGUGAAGAUCUCCACCAAGGUUAUGUGAUCUCCACACACACAAUAUAUAUUGAAACACCAAAUGUAUAAUAUAUUUGCAGCAUGUAGUUAGUUGGAUAAAAUUUGCAAUAAACACCGCUUCAAAGAGAA